AUGAGUUGUAGAAUAGAAGGCAUCAAUAAAAAUCUAGCUACCAUUUCCAAUGAUAGGAACUUCCUUUUGGAGAAAGGACGUGAAAAGACCCCGAGUGUUAGGAAAGUGAGAGAUACUCACUCCUAUGCACCCAUUGUAGGCAUAGGUGGGUUAGGAAAAACCACUCUUGCUCAAAGUGUUUUUAAUGAUGAACAAGUCCAAAAGCAUUUCGAGUUAAAGAUUUGGGUAUGCGUGUCUGAUAAUUUUGACUUGGAAUUAAUUGUGAAAAGCAUCAUUGAGUCUGCGAAAGGUGAGACUAGUGUGGGAAACAUAGGAAUGGAGCCGCUACGGAAGAAACUUGGGGAAGUACUUGGUGGCAAGCGGUAUUUUCUUGUACUAGAUGAUAUGUGGGAGGACAAUCGUAAUAAGUUGUUGGAGUUGAAAACUUUAAUCACAAGUGGUGAAAAUGUAGGGAGUGGAGUUGUAGUAACUACUCGGAGUGAAAAGAGUGCUAAAUUUAUAGCUAGCAAACAACAAUCAUAUCAAUUGAGGAUUCUUGAUGAAGAUCAAUCUUGGUCUCUGUUUAGAAAAGUUGCUUUUGAAGAUGGAUCACAAGAGCUCGAAAACAACACUAGUAUCGUGAAGAUUGGAAAGGAGAUUGUGGAAAGGUGCAAAGGAAUCCCCCUAGCUAUAAAAACAAUAGGAAAUCUACUAUAUGGUAAAAGUAAGGAAUCAGAGUGGUCUUCCUUUAAUAAGGAAUUUUCAAAAAUAUCAUAACAACAAAAUGAUGAUAUCUUACCCACCCUUAGAUUGAGCUAUGAUCAUCUUGCCUCCCAUUUGAAACUUUGUUUUGCC